AUGUGCAAUUGUCUUACUGUGCAAAUGGAUCACUGUGCCCGUGUCGGAGCGCCCGAAAUUAUUUAUUCCUUUAAAGUUUAUUUUUUCCUUUUAGUUUUGUCUCAAACAAAUUGCCAUAGUCGAUUUACUUUCACUUUUAUUCAAAUAAUUAUUUAUUUUCUAACCACACAUACAUACAUCUACAUAUUUUUUACUUUUAUAUGUUGGCUAACAAUUCCCUCCUCAUUUCCAUAGUUUCUUUCGACGCGGGACAACUACCGGCUGGCAGCUUACUACUAUUUAGCUUU